UCAACCCUGAGUGUUUUUUUUCCCCGGGCUUCCCUUUUAACUCUUUUUUUUUUUUUCCAGCCCAUCAUAAUCCUUUAUGAUGACAAGAGGUGAGUCCACAUCUCAACACCUUUCUUGACCCUCUGAAAGAAAAGAAUAGAAAGGGAGAAAGAAUUUUUGCAGGCAGUCCCUAAAAAAAGACCUUCCUUUGUAACACAGAUGGAUUACAUGUGUCAAAAGUGUGCGGGCUUCAGAUUCCUUCCCUCCAUUCCAGAGGGCAUACGUGAAGCUUUUGUCUCAGUCAUGCCUCAACAGUCCAGUGCACACACGAUGAGUUUCAUUCCAAAACAAACUCCUAAUAAUUUACGAGCAGAAAAUGUUUAUGCUGCUGUGUGCUGAGAGGAUCCCGCACUAAUAUGUGAGAUAUGCAUUUGUUGGCUUGUGCCUCACACUAAAAGAGACAAACAAUACAAAACAGGAGAAAAUAUAACUGAUAAACGAGAGACAGCUAAAUCCCACACUGCAAAACAGGAAGUGUUCCCCAACUCUCUGUCAAUCUGAACCCUCCCCUUUUCAAUCUUCAAAAACAUGCACCCUGAUUCAAACUAAGAGGCUGCUUGUUGCAGCUAUUAAUACUCUGCGAUGACAGGUCUAAUCACUAUGGGAGCCUUCCAGGCCAAGUAGAGGAUGAGGGACAGGGGACUGUCAUGAUGACAUGACAUUAAAGACAUUGUGCACAUGACUGUGUCAUGUUCAUCAGAAUCAUCACGAUUAAACUGCAACCGAUUUUGAUCAUAAAACAUUUCAAAAUAAAAGUGAGUGAACAAAAAUAAGCAUUACAAAAACAGACAAAAGGGGAGGGGGUAACGAUUAGGAGGGGAUAGAGGGAGGAGUGGUGCUUUCGGGUAAGACCUGAUUCUUUAAUCGUAAGAGCUGUUGGUCAAACUGGGAUAGGAUAGAUGUCUGGCUCCAGACUCAUCCAUUCAUUCAUCUCCACUGUGAGAGAGAGAGAGACAGAAAGGGGGAGUUUUUGGGGGUGGGGAGGGGGUUGUGAGUAUGUCAGGCGGCAUCCCUGCUCGUCUCGCUCCAGCAGCUAAGUUAAAUCAGAGGCAGUCACUGGCACUCUGCGGUGGUCUCCCUAUCUGAAAGAAAGCAUCAACAAGCUCUCGGUUCAACCAGCACCCCAGGAUCCUCUGAGGCCCUCGCCCAAGGCCUGUAUCAGUCACCACAGACACACCCCGUCGACAGGGCCCCCUGCUAAACAGUCCCAGGAUUUGGCACUAAAAAGAGGAAAAAUGCAGAAUCAAACGGCGUGGGCGACAAAGGAGAUAAACUUGACAUGUGGCAUGUCUGGAAGCCACAAAUUCAUCUUCACCCUGGUGCCCAUCGUCUACAGCUUCAACUUUAUCAUCGGCAUCAUCGGUAACACCAUGGUGGUGGCUGUCAUCUACUUCUACAUGAAACUCAAAACGGUGGCCAACAUUUUUGUCCUCAAUCUCGCCAUCUCAGACCUCACGUUCCUCAUCACUCUGCCCAUGUGGGCAACGUUCACCGCCACAGAGUACAGCUGGCCCUUUGGAGGGUUCCUGUGCAAGACCAGUGCAGGACUGGUCACUUUUAACCUGUACACCAGCGUCUUCUUCCUCACUGCUCUCAGUACUGACCGGUACCUUGCCAUUGUGCACCCAGUGCAGUCACGGCGGUUUCGCACCGUGGUGUACGCACGCAUCACCUGUGUAGUGAUCUGGCUUUUUGCCUUCGUCCUGAGUGUGCCAACAGCCCUCACCAGGGACGUCCAUGACAUCAAAAACCCCCAGACCACCGUGUGUGGCAUCCUGCACCCCAAAGCCGAAAACAGCGAGAGGCUGAAAGAGCUUCUUUUGGCUAUUGGUGUCUUGAAAAGUCUGCUGGGUUUCCUGGUGCCCUUCAUCAUCAUCAUCACCUGCUAUUGCCUGAUUGGACGGGCACUGCUGCGAGUGAAACACAUUCAGAAAAACUCCCGCUCCCGCGAUGACGAGGUGUUGCAUAUGCUGGCAGCAGCUGUCCUGGCCUUUUUCCUGUGCUGGGCGCCCCAUCAGGUCUUCCACUUCAUGCAGCUGCUCACCCAGCAGAUUCUGGUGGAGAACUGCACCAUGCUGGAAAUCAUCGACACCGCCAUGCCAUUCACCAUCUGCAUCGCCUACUUUAACAGCUGCAUGAACCCUAUCGUCUACGGCUUCGUGGGACGCAACUUCCGCAAGAACUUACUGCGUUUGCUCCGCUGCUCUCCAGGUAGACCGGCGGGGCCCCACCAGAGCAUCAGUUCUAAGAUGAGCGCCCUGUCGUUCCGUGCCUCAGAGGCACUGAGCCUUACGGUCAAAAGCAAUGUCUCCACUGAUGUUAAGUGACAGUCAGAGGGAAAGCAAGACACAGGGUACAGUUUUGCUCUCGGCACUCUUACAGCCUCAUGGUUGAGAGGCAAGGGACAGAGAAAAUACCAUGCUGUAUUACCAAGCACUGAACCAUUCAUAAGGCUUUCAAAUGUAGCCUAUGCCAGACUCAUACAAACCAUUAAUGUGUUGCAGAUCCACGCCAUUGAGACUCUUUUUAGCUAUGUCAAUAUCCCCAAAAAUAAAGAACGGUAAGAUAGUACCAUGAAUAAUGUAUUAUUUAUAUAGAGAUAUGCAUGUUGUCCAGGAUUUCCUCACUUGAAUUUUUUUUUAGAUGUGUUGUCUGAUGAUGAUUGUGUUUUCUCAGCAAACCCUGUGUGAAUCAGAAUAGCUGAUUAGGCUGAAACAUCAAAGUUUCAGGAACUUUCAAGCUACAGUCACGCCGCUCUCAGCAGCGUGGGUUCAAGUGGCCACUUCCAAUGAAAAGUCCAUGGAAAUGCACCUAAAUGUGAUUUUCGGGCGUCUGUGUUUAAAACUCUCAUGUUCACAUGUAGCUACGCAAGUUUCUGCAAUCGUUUUCGGGCUCUACAUGCCAAACCAGGAAUUAGUAAACACGCAUGAAAGUCAAACUAGGUCGAAUUUUGACCAAUCUGGGACUCGGAUUCGGUAGUGUUGAAUGGAUGAUGUCCCUUUUAAAUUUACAGAGGUACCAACUGUUUGGAAAUUGAUCACGGAGGAGAAAUUAAUAAUUACGUUUUCCAUAACAUAAAGUCUUUCAUAUGCGGGAAUAAAGCUGUGAAAGAAAACGCGUCUGUAGCUUUUACAGGUGAAAUUUCCCUCAUCGGCUGUUGCAUGCUCUGCCAACAGCUGCAUGAAUUCCCUUUGGUCUUGUGUUGGAAACCUGUAACCUUAAAUGUCUUACUGUAACAUGGCGUAGACUCGUGCCUGUCCUGUGAGAUGUCACUGACAACUACUGUGCUCUUUGUGAAAACUUUGCAUGAUGAAAUGUCUGGGAGUGACAUACAGUAACAAUCAGUGUGAGACACAAACGCUCCAGGUUGAGUGAUUUAUGUGUAAUAUUUAUGUGUUGAUGCUUUUUUUUAACUGUGCAAGUGUACAUUUUGUGUAUACAUGUUAGAAAAAAGAAGAUAAUAAAAAAUACUAUACACACAGAA